ACCACUACCUUACGAUUCCACAUCCACUUACCUAUAAACAUCACGACAUCACGAGAUAAAUGCUAUAGAGGAAAAUGAUUUCUUCGAAAUACUUCAGGAAACAGUUUCUACAAGCAUGUUCGUGAAGGGAGCAUUAACAGUUGUUGUCAUUUUGACAUGUUUGACUCAUAUUUCUAGCGUGUCACUGCCUUAUUCAAAGACAAAAAGGGAUGAUGGAGCUAAAACUGAGAGGAGUUUCAAGGACGUUUCGCCUGGUAGAGGUAGAGCGAGCGAGCGGAAGCUGGACGGAAACCCAAGCCGAACUGUGCCGUCGCAAGGGUCUAUACGCUCCGCUGCUCGAGGUCUCGGCGUCGGGCGGAAGAAAUCUGGAAGACGUGCAUCUCGACGUGAUAUUUUUGUUGAUUUCUACGGAGCUAAAAAUGUUAAACCUGCAUCAUAUCGUCAUGAUGAUAACAUGGAUGAUGUGGAUGACGAUCGAUGUUCACAAUAUACUGAAGACUGGUCAGUAGAUAGUGACUUGAUGGAGCAUCUAAUUGGCAUCCUAUUGACUGGCGAAAUAGGUCAAAACCAUGAAAAUAAAAUGAAUCCAGGAAUGGUGGCUGGCCACAACUUCAUGCAUACCCUAGCAUCAGUGACCAGGCAUGGUGCAUUCCUAGAGAUAGGAACUGGGGUCACCAGUCUCUACAUGUCUGGCAGUCAAAAGAUGAAGAGUUUGGUUACUACACUCAUCAUACCAGAACCGAAACAUGAGAAGUUGGUGCUAUGGUCUAAAUCCUGUGAUGCUUUUAUUGGAAGUGUAUCCCCUAAAAACAUCAAGACAUUGGUGAAGUCAUUGGUACAGGAUCCAGAGGUAUUUUUUGGUUCCAUUCUCCUGAGUAACCUGACAGCCUUGAUCGGGGAUAACUUGCCCCAUGAGUUUGAGAAGCUGCUCGGGCAAGUCAUCCUGUUAGCCAAGGAGACCUAUAUAGCUGCUCCUUCUGGAGAUCAGUACACUACAUCAUACAUGCACUCUUGGAAAAGUGUUCAAGAGCUGGCUGCGAGGGCGUGCUCCUCCUUGGAUGUGACCUGUGCAAUCUCUGCCAUCACCAUGGCACCCUGGGACCUCCCGACCCUUACAAAGGUCACACUGAUAGAAGGCCAACGACCUUUGAACCGGCGGUAUUGCUGUGAAGAAACACUAGAGGAUUGCAGCAUGACAUACAGAACGGUGAAUGGGACUGAAGAUAUAAUUAUUGGUGCUUCUCGUCACAGGGAAGUGAGAUUUCAAGGAACAGGGCUCCUACUCAGCACAUUGCUCAAACUGAACCUUGUUGGAUCUAGUCUUGAGAGACUUGUCGUACCUCUUUUAGAGAUGGACUAUUGUCCUGAGAGACUGGCGAGGAAUAUCCUGGUUACUAACGAACAAUUAAUGAUACACUCAGAGCUACCCAGGUGCCAGAGCAUAAUCUAUGAGAAUCACAAAAUUCAGCAAGAAAAACUCAUCUUUGACAUCGUGAUAGGAGUCGAGGAGAAGCCUGCAGAAACCUUUGACAGAAACAAAAAGCUAUCUCUGCCAGAUAACCAGUACAAGGAGAACAAGAAUAAUAAUGUCGUGAAAGAAACAAGCAGGGUAAAAAGUGAUAAAUCAACAGUACUACUAUCACAUCAGAAUAAUGAUCAGAGCUUGGUCAUGAAUAUGCAUACCAAGUAUGCAAAUAAAGACAGCGCAAAUCAGAAUAUGCGUGCCUUGCAUGCAAAUGAUGGUUUGAAUAUGCAUAAUGAAUAUGCAGAUGGGGACGGAGGAAAGAUUAUACAGAGGAAGGAGAGUGAAAAGCUUACUCUUCAGGGAGAAGAAAAGAGGCAAGUAGUGGGUGGGGUUGGGAAGAGUAAAAGUGCAAUAAAAAACAACCAAAGAACUUUCAAGAGUGCAUGGGAAUCACCACAGGUUAGUGACGGGAAGGUACACUUUGCAGACACAGAUGUAAAUAAUGUGGGACUGGACAAGGAGAUGGAGAAAGCAAACACAAAUGUGAAUAACGUGGGACUGCCGAAUGGGCUGGACCUUGCAGACACCAAUAUGAAUAACAUGGGACUACACGCGGGAGUGCAGACGAUGCACCUUAGGAAGCGUGAUAAUGUUGGUUGGGAUGGAGACGAGGAGGCGGAGCAGAGACUGCAUGAAAGACCGCUGGAAUGGGAGAGAGCCAGGGAGGAGCUGGAUGGUUACCGAGGGGCGGGGCAGCAGGUCAUGAUGAAGAGUCAGGUUGAUAUGGUGGCUGAUCUAUGGCAGCGGGAGAAUGAGGAUGACUGGGAUGCUAACAGAAAUGCAGAAGUCCAAGGAAGCAAUUGGGACAGAGAGACGAAUGGUCGAUCGUCCAAUGAUCAGAACGCAUCCAAGCUUGUUGCCGUGGGUAACCUCCUCCUCACUCGAGAUGAAGAAAAUCCCCCUGUUCAUGAGAAAAGUUGGGAAACAGGGAAAGGAGAAAAGAAACAAGAAGGUCAAGGUAGAAAAGAGAGUGAAAAGACGGGAGGAUCAAGAUACGAAGCGGAGGGGAGACCUCUUGAAGUGAUGUCCAGUGCCCGAGACAAACAACAACGUAUGGAACCACCAGGAGAUGAGAGCAUCAGGACCAACGGCGUGCCAUUCAAGGACAAAUCAAAUACCCAAAGAGAUGGAAGGUUUCCAAAGCAAAGAAGGAAACAGUUCAGACAAGUAGCAGGGAGCUUGCAGGGAGUUGCCAAAGGGGUUGACACAAAAAGUGUGGAUGAAACACUAGAUAAUAAACAACCUUUGACACCAUCCGUGCCGAUUACUGCAAGAAGAGCAACAGAGAGAGGAGACGGAAAUAGAGAUGAGAAGGGCAAGGUAAUGGAGGAGCCGCGUUAUCGACAGAGACAACUUUUACAGCAGUACUACGGAAAUGACAUGGCCUACAAUGAUGGAGGAGCUGGAGGAGAGGUGCGGUCAAACGCCGCCAAGGGACCGAUCGAGGUCCAACAAGAGAUUGUAGCUUGGAGGAAGAUGAUGGGAUCGGUUGUUAGGCAACAAGAGCACGGAGGAGAACCCAGGUGGGAGGAGCUCGAGAGUAACAACAAGGAGGAGGAGAUCAAUGAGGUGGAUGAGGGGGGUGAUUACUAUUACGACGGGGUGAAAAUAGAAGAGGAGGGUAAGGAGAAACCCAGAAGUGGAGAUGAUGAGGGUUACUAUGGCAACAAGGAUGAGGGACGAAAACCAGACACCCGUGAUGACGGGAAGAAGGAGGGGGAAGAGGGGGAUGAUAAUUGGAGAGAAGAUGCAUUCAAAAGCAGACGGGUAGGAGGAGCCUAUGGAGGAGAUGAUGCGGAGGAUGGAGAGGAAGAGAUUGAAAGAACGAUGGAAGAGAUGCUGAAGAUGAAGGAGACGGAAGGAGAAAAGAUCUUUGACUCUAUGUGGCAAGUUCUUGAAACUGUCUUCUUGGAGGCGAGCAACCAAGAAUUCAGCUUGAUGACCUAUGGAGGUGAGGAGCUAAGUUUGCUGAGUGCCAAAGUUUCCCGUUCAUUCCGCAAUGCAAGCAUCUUGACCGUUAUACCUGCUGAGGAUGAUCACCUCAUGAAAAGCCACAGAAAGCUUCAAGAGUCCCUUCAGCUGACAAACAACAUAAUUACACAGACUGAGCUCACAGACAGGAUUGUAUUUAAUCUCUACCAACAGAUGGAGUACUUCAGAUUCCAAGUUCUUGGCCUAGCAACAUUCCAGAAGCUCUUCACGUACGGGCGUUCCUUCCCAUCAUACCUUGGUCACAUGCUCGCCCUCUCUCAAACGACAUUCAUUGAAGUGCCUCAUCCCGUUACCUUAGCCUCUCUUCAAGUCUUACUGCAUUCCACUGGCAAGGGCACAUCUACAGUACCUCUAUACAAGGGCUUCUUGAGUGCAUCUUUAGAAGAAGCUGGUAUCUUAGACUACAGCAUUACAGUACUCAACAAAGUCUACCUCCAAAACCAUGCUAGACUAGUCAGAGUCGACAUACAUGCUUUUUAUAGACAGGUGACGAUGGAUUGCAGUGGAUUUACCGCAUGGUUCAAACAAGAUGCCUCUAAACCAAUCAGCUUAGCUCCUCUCAGUUCAGCUGCUGCAGGGGAUUUCCCCAUUCAGAAAGUGGGCAGGGCCAUCAGACUCCAGUCACUGUUAUCUCUUGGACUCCACCCUAAUGAAAGAAAACUCUUAUUUAGAGAGUACCUGCAGUUGGCUGUUUACAGUAACAUGUGUCCCUUAACCAUCCUAUGGCAGAGAGGUAGACUCCUGUACAGCCCCAUCAUCGAUAGCACCAACCCAGACCAGCAUAUACCUCGUGCUGAUGAUAGGAGGGCCCUUGUGGAGACCACGAUGGAACAGCUGGAUAUGAGACCAUUCUCUUUCAUGGAAUAUGGGACAGGACAAGAUGGACUGAGCGUAUCCUUAGCAACCAAGUAUCCCAAUAGUACUUUCAUCCUGGUAGCGGGGUCACAGAGAGAGGCUGAGAGACGGCAAGAUGAUUUGGAUACGAGGCACAUCAGUAAUGCUGUCGUUACCAGGAUGGGCGUUGAGAUGUCCUUUACCAGCAAUCUGGUAUCAAGUCCGGAUUUCAUGCGCUAUCAGUAUAUUGGUAUGGAUCAGCUGUUUACACUAAUGACUAUGAACAAGCCGUCUGUACUGAAAUUCAUGUUUGGUGAUAUCGUAUCGACUGGAGUUACGACCUUCUUCCAGAUGCCUUCUGCUCAGAUGUUCUCCUUGGCAAUAUCUACCCUCUACCCAGAGAUCCUCUGUAAUUUCAAGGAAACCGAAAGUAUGGACAGUUUCCAAGCCAGCAGCCAUCCUCUACCUUUAUUCAAAAAUUUUGAGCUCAGGCUUUUGAAAGAGAACAUUGAAUUGCAAGCCGGAAAGGUGAAUUUAUCAGCUAGUGUGAUCCACCCUCAACCCAACCCAGACGGAUCUCAGCGGGGAUGGAGCAUGGUUAGGAUGGACGUCAGACAGCUAAAUGUCAUGGUGGAUCAUCAUUUCAUGUACGUUUUGGAUGGACACAAGCGCAAGUACUCCCUUCAUUGUGAAUCCAAUGCUACGCACUAUGAGGUCUAUCUUGUCAGAGCUCACGAUGGUUUCAAGAUUCCUUACCAAGAGGUUAAAGGUAUCUCCUUGAUAGCUCUGUUGAGGCUGGGACUCCUCCCACAAAUCAAAGAAAACUUCUACAAUCAGUUCUUGAGACUACCACUAUACAGUGAUAUGGCUCCAUGGAACAUAUUAUUUGCAGGAGGACAGUUGGAGUACAUUGACUAUGACACCAAACAGAUGACUCUUGAUAAAGUAGCUCCUGCAGCCUAUCAGAUAAUGGCCAUGCUGCUGAACUACAGAAGGACUGUAGAUGACUUUGGACACUGUAAUUUUAAUGGAAGGAACCCAUAUGGUUUUGACCUAGUUUCUCACUGUGUUGGGAAUAGCUACGAAACACCGUGCACGGAUGAACGCUUCCCUGUAGCCUGCGCUGACCAGACCUGUCGUGGUAACUACAUUGAGUGUCUGAGAGCCCUUAGUGAGAUUGAGCAGAAACACAGUGGAGUCAAGGCAGUGGGAGGUUCUGCACAGAGCCAUUCAUUGAGCAAAGUAUUACUAGAUCAGAAGACUGCAUCUUAUCAAGAAAACAUUGAGACAGAGGAAAGACUGGAACUAUCUUUUAAAGGACAGAGGUAGCAUGACGGAUGGAUUCCUAAGAUAAGAGAUGAUCACCAGUCUGCUAUAGGGGAGAGACUGGAAUCAUCUCUUAAUUAGCAGUUGGCGACAUGUAGAAGGGAUGUUUUUUUUUUAAAGAGAUAAUUACCGGUCUGCAUAGGAGACACAGGAACCAUCUUUUUAACCAAACUAUGGGUCGCAAGGGCGUGAUAUUUAUUGAAUAGAUGAUCACCAGUCUUAGAUGGGGAGAGAAUGGAACCAUAUUUUUGACGACACUACAGGACAGGUAGGAUGGUGCUUUUUGUUAGAGAUGAUCACCAGUCUACCAUGGGGAGAGACUGGAACCAUAUUCUAAAUAAACAUUAGGGCCUGGGAGGAUACUGUCCUA